ACGUGUCCCUCACCGCGCUCCGUCCGCCGUCCCUGCCCCCGUGAACCUGAUCCCAAGAUGGCAGCGCCCAGCGGAAGAAGGAAUGGCAGCGGCGGCGCGAACUUGUGGGUCUCGUUGCUCCUGGCGGCCGUGGCGCUGAGGCCGGUGGAGGCGGUAUCCGAGCCCACGACGGUGGCGUUUGACGUGCGGCCUGGCGGCGUGGUGCAUUCUUUCUCCCAGAACGUGGGCCCUGGGGACAAAUAUACCUGUGUGUUCACCUAUGCAUCUCAAGGAGGGACCAAUGAGAAGUGGCAGAUGAGUCUGGGGACCAGCGAAGACCACCAGCACUUUACCUGCACCAUCUGGAGGCCCCAGGGCAAGUCCUACCUGUACUUCACACAGUUCAAGGCAGAGGUGCGGGGCGCCGAGAUCGAGUACGGCAUGGCCUACUCGAAAGCUGCUUUUGAGAAAGAGAGCGACGUUCCCCUGAAAAAUGAGGAGUUUGAGGUGACCAAAACAGCAGUGUCCCACAGGCCUGGGGCCUUCAAGGCUGAGCUGUCCAAGCUGGUGAUCGUGGCCAAGGCAACACGCAGCGAACUGUGACCUGAAGCCCCUCUGAGGGCGGCUCCUCUCCACGCAAGGUGCUGGACCCCAAGAGGGCCCAGUGCUUGUUUUCUAGGUGGGAUUGGGGGGCUCUUGGUUUUCUGUCCCAGCUGACAUUGCCCCAUUUGGAGGACAGCUAAGGCCCCAGAGUGGAGUCUGGAGGGCUAGGACUCACCUGGCUCCCACCUUCCCUCACCCCGAAGAUUGUGGGUCUGAGACCCACAGCUCUUCUCAUCAGAAGAGGCAUCAGGACACAUGGUGGGGGGCCAGGGGGGGCGUCUCCCGGGAUCAUGGCUUUUCUGAAGCCAGAGCAUCCCCUCCUACCCACUGGGAUCAGGCCAGGCUCCAGGAUGUUCUGCGGGGGAGCCCCCCGCCGCCUGUGAUCCCACACCAGCCGCCUUCUCACUCCCCAGGGGACCAACUUUCAGACUGGGCAGAAAUGAAAUGUUCUUUCAUAUUUAAAUAAAUAAGACAACUAAAAAGCA